UGAAGUGGACUCCAGAUAGGGAAAAAUUAUGGAGCGGGUAAUUGCCUUGGUUGACAUGGAUUGUUUUUAUGUCCAAGUGGAACAGCGACAACACCCAGAGACAAAAGGUCUUCCCUGUGCUGUUGUGCAGUACAAAAAAUGGAAAGGAGGAGGCAUUAUUGCUGUUGGAUAUGAGGCUAGAGCGAAGGGAGUUACAAGAAAUAUGUGGGGAGAUGAUGCCAAAGCAAAAUGUCCAAACAUUCACUUCUUCCGUGUCCCAGAGGUCAGGGGCAAGGCUGACCUUACCAAAUUCCGGGAGGCGGGGGCUGAGGUGAUAGCUGUACUGAGUAAGUUCAGUGACUGUGUAGAGCGUGCCAGUAUUGAUGAGGCCUACAUUGAUCUGACAGAGGAAGUGAAGAAAAGAAUGGCAUCUACUAAAACUCAGGAUGUCUCAAUGGAGCAGCUUCCCAACACAUUUAUUGUGGGCUGGGGUGAUGACAAGGACGGAUCUAAAAGAAAGCAAGGAGUGGAUGACUGGAUUAAAUUGUUACCAUAUAACAGCAGUAAUGACAGUUCAGAUCAGAAGUUACUGAUUGGAGCACUCAUAGCAGAGGAAAUGCGGGCUGCAGUGUACAAGGAAACUGGCUUUAGAUGUUCAGCAGGAAUAGCACAUAACAAGAUGUUGGCCAAGCUGGUGUGUGGACUCCAUAAACCCAACAAGCAGACAAUUCUACCCCAGAGUUCGGUUCAACAACUGUUUGACACAUUACCCAUUAAUAAAAUACGAAAUCUUGGUGGUAAACUGGGCCAGUCGGUGAUGGAGCAGCUGAGUAUAGAGAAGAUGGGAGAGUUGUGUCAAUUUGAGCUCCAUACUCUACAACAAAACUUUGGUGACAAAACUGGGGCCUGGUUGUAUGAAGUUUGUCGAGGAGUUGAACAUGAACCAGUGUCAGCCAGACAGCUGCCAAAGUCCAUUGGAUGCAGCAAGAACUUCCCAGGAAAAACAUGUCUGGACACGAAAGAUAAAGUAAAAUUCUGGUUAUUAGAACUCUCCAAAGAAGUGGAAGAAAGGCUGAUCAAAGACAAAGAAUUGAAUAAUCGUGUGGCCAAGUCUAUGACUGUCAGUGUGCGAUACAUGAGUAACCCUUCCCCCAUCGUAGCCAGUAGAGCCUGCGCUGUGACUAAAUAUGAUGCCGAGAAGUUUGCCAAUGAUGCCUAUGCCUUGAUUCUGAAACUUAAUCAUGCUCCAGCUCAUCAGAGUGCGUGGUCACCACCUAUUCUUUGCUUAGGAGUGUCAGCCACAAAGUUUCUUGACGAGAGUAACAACCAAUCAACACUGUCUUUCUUUGUGGGACAGAAGACAUUAGGCUCUAUCUCAGCAAGUCAGUCAGAAGCCACACCUCCAAAAUCAGAGACUAAAACCAUCGCUAGCUUCUUCAGGAGAGGAAAGGACUGCUCAGUGAUAACUUCCAGUCAGAAUGACAGUACUAGAGAUCAACAGAACUCUAUAACACAUGAACAGGGGGAUUCCUCUUCAAAGUCCACUCACCCCAAAAAGCAAUCCCAAGAAAAUAAAAAUUUUGAUGAAGGGAAUGUUUUAGAUUUACCUGAGAAAGAUUUAACUCUCAAAAAAUCAGAUGUUACAUCUGAACAAUUGAUUGACAAUGAGAAGAAUCAUAGUCCUCACAGAUUUUUUGCAACAAGAAAAUUAAAGAAUGAUUUAGUUCAUAAUUUACCAAAAGAUUCAACUCCUGUUGGAACGCAAGACAGGAAACGGUCAAACUUUGAACAUAUGAGUGAAAUGAACAGUGUUGAAGAUGCUAGUAUAGACAAUAAAAUUUCCCAGAAUUCAGUGGAUCCUGACUUUAUAGCAGCACUUCCUCCUGAGAUCAGAGAGGAAGUUUUGAGUCAAGUGAGUUCUGUGCCCGCUCCACCUGUAGAUAACCAAUGUAAGGAAUAUCUAGUUCAAAAACAGAAAGACAGAACUAGUCUUGAAAAAUUCCUGAACAAGCAAGAUUCUUCUGUCUCUAAUUUAGAAAAUUCAGAAGAAGCAGGAAAGAACCUGGCCAUUUGUGAGAAGUGCAAUAAACAGAUUGAGAAAUCUGAGAUGACAGAGCACCUAGACUAUCAUUUUGCCAAGGAACUUCAAAAAGAACUGUCUUGGACCUCUGAUAAAAACAGUGGACAGUCAGCUCAAAGCAGUGGACAGAGGAAAAGGUCAUUAGGAUGUAGUGGUAAAUCACCAAAAAAAGUAAUGAAAAAGUUAAAAAAUAAUGCAGGACUUACACAAACGAUAUCUCAUUUUUUCAAAUAAAAACUCUGUUUGACUUUA